AUGCAACCUCGAAAUGAUCUCACAACAAUCGCACCUUCAGUGCUUCAACAGAACUCCGGGUGUGCCUUAGUGAGCUCUACACUAUUCAAGUGCGAAUCGAUCAGUCCCGGGUUUACCUCUCUCGUCCCAUCAGCACAAGCACAAUGCCUUUGUUAUGAUUCUUCCAAAUGGAUUCCGACAAUUUUUGACAAAGCGGUGCAGACUUGCGCCGAUUUUGCAAGCACAGCCGUGCCAAGCGCAUACCCUGCAUUUGUUAAUUUGGAGGGAUUUUGCGGUAAUAUAGGAAAUAUAAUGACGACAAUGGGGCCUGCUACUAUCUCUCCCAUCACAACUUUCGAAUAUUCAAUUCCGACUUCGACAGUACAUAGUGGGAUACCAGCUUGUUAUUCUGCUCUAUCUCUGAUACAAUCUUGUGUUGGCCUGCUUCCAGGGUUUAUGGCUUUGGGUCGUUCACAGCAGGCUUCAUGCCUGUGUUACGCGAGUGUCACAUCCUGGAUCCCAAAGUCCUUUGAUAAUGCUAUGGAGACUUGUUCACAAUCUGUGCAAAGCGAAAGUGGGAUUGCAGGGUUAGUCUCGACAGUUGACAUGUUCAAUGGUAUUUGUGGAAGUAUGGGAGACGUCUGGACAAUGGAGGGACACGUUUCAUCUACAGCCACCUCGCACCCUAUAACGUCAGAUGUGGGCUUGGCUCCCUCGACUUCCAUAAGCUCCCCAUCACCAGCCAGUAUACCUGGAUCUACCAGUUCGGUCAUAUCAACCAUUGCUAUUCGUUCCUCCACUCAGACCACGCGUUCAAUUGUGAAAACAAUCUCGGUCACAACAUUAAGUAAAUCAAUGAUCAGUACCGCUUCAAUGCCUAGACCUGGAGCAAUCGACACUAAUCAAGACGGAAAUCAAGAGCUGAAAGAUGUUAGUGAUCCGAUGGUUAUCUUGAUUAGUUUUGCAUGUGCAGCGUUGGUGCUUUUUUUAUGCUAG